CUUGAGCCCCUUCGGCUGCUCACUCGGCGGCCGAGCGGGCCAAGACGCCGAACGGGCUCGGAAGGAAACCGUGGGGAAGCGGACCCCCAGGGGGGCGCGGGAGUCCCCCCUGGGGUUCCUCUCUUAGCCCGCCCGGCGUCUGCACCAAGGGAGCCGUGGGGUGUCCAAGCAUUCCAGCCUUGUGGCUUUUCUGCAGCACGCGGGCCCCGGAGGUCUGGACCCCUUUGCCCUGGACUGGCCGUCCAUCCCGAUCCAGGUCUCAAGACGCCGAACAGAUACCAGAGCCCUCUGUCGCGAUUGCGUCACAGCGGGAGGGGUCUGGAUGCUGCGCGCCGCCAGCGGCAGCGGCGGCAAUGCUCGUGUGGUGGGUGCCUGGCGUGGCUGUCUGGCGUCCAGGCGCGCGUCCAGCUCAGCCAGGGAGGCGCUGUCGCCGGGCACCCCUGGCGCCUUAACGAAACUCGGCGACAUCGCCCACGUCCCCCUGCUCAUGAAGGAGUCUCCCGUGCGCGUGCGCGAGAUCUGGCUGGAGAAGUUCCAGGACGACGCGAGCGAGGUCGCCGGCACGAUGGCCAAGGAGGAGUACGACGCCAUCAGCGGGAACGCGGGAGCGUGCCCCAUGUUCCUCUUCCCGGUGCCCCGGGGCGACGGGUACCUCAACUUUGUGUGGCAGGUGCAGGGUGACCGGAUCCUGUACCAGACGCUGGAGAGCGCCCAGCGCGGCGGCGCCGCGGACAUCGACCUGGGCGUGGCCAUGUUCACGGACCUGCUGGACUCGCACCAGAUGGUGCUCCUCAAGGGAACCCUGCAGUCUGGGCGCCUCUCCAGAGAGGAGGCCGCGCGCGCCAUCCGCCUCACCCGAGAGUCGUACCUCGACCCCGCGCGGUUCUCCUGGGUGAAGCGCUUCAACCUGCAGCCGCGUGAGUUCGACUACGAGGAGUUCCUCGCGGAGUUCAAGCCCCUGGAGCGGUGGCACGCGGCCGGCGGGUAGGGGCGGCCCGCCGGGCAGCCGCCACUCCCUCUCCCAAAGAGCUGCCGUCGGACAAA